AUGGAUAGAGACAAAAGAGGGAUCUCGUCUCUGAAGAACGAUCGGCGGGCUUCGCGGUCCUCUGUCCCCUCGGCUGUUAUGGACGACGACAGUUCGUCUCACCUGUCUCCUACCGCCCCAGGAGCCACGCGAGAACGAGAAGAAGGAAGAAGUCUGGCCAGAGAACCUAACGAAGAAAAGCCGGGCGUCUCGACUCCUCAGUUGGCCGGGGGGGACUCACGCGGCAGGCACGGCAGUGGACGCACCCGCGGCAAACGAGGUAAAUCGCGGAGUGUAGACGUUUCUGCGUCUGCUGCGUUUCCUGGUGGAGAGACAGAUGUCUCUGUUCUGCCUUCCGGGGAGAAGUCUCCUGCGCUCGAGCCUGGGUCAAACGAAGCUUCAGCCUCGCUGCCUGUCUCCCCCUCUCGCCCAACUAGCGGCUGCGUGGCGACCGCGGUGUUCGCUGCACGCAUUGUGUCGCCAGACGGUCGCCCCUCCCCCUCUCCCGCUUCUUCGGGAGAUCUCUCGGGUUCGUGCAGUCCUUGCGCGACGAACCGAGGUGCGGCUGCGGAGGCGGCUUCUGUCUGUUCUCUGUCUCCACCCGCCCAGGAGACAGGCGCGUCCGCGAAGAGUCUCGCCCAGAGUGUCGAGAACGCGAGUUGUGCCCGGGGCAGGCCUACUUCCUGCGCGUCGGCUGCCUCGCCCCCCUCUGCCUUUGCGGAGCGUGAGCAGUUGCACGAAGCUCGCGAGGUCAUGAAGAAGGCCAAGAAGGGGAGCGGGGGUGGAGACGAAGAGAAGGACAGGCGGAAGGCGAAGCCUGUGGAGAGAGACGGGCGUGCGAGCUCCGCUGUGGCAAACUCAGAAACGGAAGAAGACACAGCGGAGAGUGCCCGGAGAGAGCUCAGUGCGUCUCCUCAGGCAGCGAUGGCGGAGGCCGCGCAGUGUCGGGCCGAGACUCCGGAGGAGUGUGCAGAUGUCUCGACCGGGGAUAGCCAAGGCAGUCCCGCGACCCGGCAGAGUGAAGAGUCUUUUCCUGUGACACAGAAAUGCGAAAACGCGCCUGGAGGGCCUUCCUCGAAAGCGAAGAAAGCGACACGUGAGAACGGCCGGCAGCCAGACCCCGCGCUGAUCCACGACCGGCACUUCAUCUUUGCCUCGCCCUCCCCUUCGAAUUCGCGGAAAAGCCCGACUUGUUCCCCGUCCCCUCACAGCCAGGACGCCAGAGAAGCCACACCAGGCAGCGCGCCUCUCCCUGCCUCGGCGGCCGCGCCACAGGCAGCUCCGGACCCGUCCGAGAAAGGUGCGCUCUGUCCCGUCGCCCCCCAGGAGGUUCCCCCCGCGUUUCCUGGUUCUCCCGGAUGUUUUCCAGCGGGAAGCGCAGCGUCUCCGCUGUCUCCGCCGGGGGGUCAGGCGCCUCGCCCCGAGCCUGUGUUCCCGGGGCAGGGGUUACUCAGUCUCCGUCGGUCUCUGCGCCAUCGCCAGCCGGUGCGGCAGGGCGCGGGUGUCUCGCCUUCGCCCCACGGUGCCCCGGGGAGCAGCUUGAGCAGCCGCAGCGCGAGUCCGAGCCGGCGGGGCGGGGUGUCUCCUGGGGGACCUGCAGCCGCGGUCGGAAAGCCCACGCCCUCGCCUGGAGCCGCGAAACAUCCCAGCCACAAGGCCCCGGGGGCCGCGAGCGCCGCGCUUCACGACGCGUGGCUCAAGGCGUCGCCGAGCGCCGGCCCGCAAGCGAGUUUUUCCGGCAAGUCCCUUCUCGCAUCCCCUUCUGCCUCGACGCCCGCGGGCCUCGCGGGGCCCGGAGCCCCGGCGGCCAAAAAGAAGGCGGGGCAAGUCCAGAGCGCCGCGGGGAAGUCGCGGGGGGGGGCGCCCUUCGUUCUCUCCGAGUACUGGUCCGGGUUGACUCUCGACGAGAUGGAAAAGGGCGAGGCAGCUUGGACGCGCGCCGCAGCGGGUCUGCUCCCCGCGUCGCCACACAAAACCCCUGCGAGCUCGCCCAGUCUGGGGGCUCCGCGAGACGAGGACGGCUCGUCAGCUGCGGUCGACAAAAGAGAGAAGGCUCCUGUGGGGACGGGCCGGAGCCAGGCCACGCAGCUCUGUGCUCUGGCGAGCAAGCAGGGGACACUCACGCUCGGUGCAUGCGUCGACCCCGUCGCGGCAGUCUGUUGGGGCGGCGCCGGCGUGGACUCGCGCGUCCUGGCGCCUCAGGGCGAGCGCGUCGCGCUCGGUUCCGGAGACGCGCUGAGCAGGAAGAGAGUGCAUGUCUCCGACGGCUUCGCGGACUGCCGCGCAGCACCUGGCGCGGCGAGGGCCCAUCCUGGGAAGCUUGCGAAGGCGAAGAACACCCCGAGCUGGGACCUGUGUGGGGCCGAGCCGAGUCCGCUCGACUUCCUCCCGCUGGGUCUGGGAUCGGCGCCUGUGAAGAAACCGAAAGUCGGGAGUGGCGGGGAACCUUCCGCGGAGACCGAGCACGCAGCGAAAAGGUCCGGAAAGGCGACUGCUGGAGCGCGCAGUGGGGCGUUGGGCGACGACGGCGAGCGGGGGCGAGGCCGCGGGCGAGACGAGAACGAGGGACUGCGCUUCGACGUCUCCUGGUUCCUCGCCGAUGGCGACUCUCCACUCGCAAGUGGACACGGGACGCGAGGGUCCAGGUGGGAGAGCUUGUGGGUCCGCCCAGCUUCGCCAGUGCGCAAGGUGCCCGUGAGGCGGGAGGGGCCGAACUCGGAGACUCGCAGAAAGCCAGCGAGGGAGACCGACGACGCCUCGGCCGCGAAGCGCCACAAGGGAGACAGUGGAAGCGAAGAAGCGGCGAGCCUGGAGCUCGGCUCAGAAUCGAGUGAUUCGGAGGACUUCGAGUCCCUUUCUGACGCGGCUGCGUCGGCCACGCGUUUUCCCGCCGCCGACGGACACUUCCCGGAAGUCCCACGCUGCUGCUACUGUCUCCUCCCGCGGCGGAUUCCUGCGAGAACAGCCGAGGUCGGCUCCUCGCGCAGCGCCGCGCUCGGAUGGAGCCAGGAGACCGGCCAAACGCGUCGCGAUCGUCUCCGCCUGUACUGCGCGUGCACGACCCGGGCGUUUGGCGAGAGUGUGUUGCAGGGCGCUGCAGGCCAGCGGGGUCUUCUUCUUCCCGUGCCGGCGAGCUCGCUCCAGUACGCAGUGUGCGACGUCACUCUGGAUGGCGCGGGAGGCGAGGCGCCAACGGGGGGCGUUGUUUCGACAUCUGACAUUGCUCCUUCGGGCGGCGCUUCCGCGGGUGUCCGAGACGACCGCUUGGGGGCGGGGAGGCCGGCAGACGCGCGAGAGCCUCCCGAGGCCCACGCGCCCGUUGAGGCGAUCUAUCGAUGGAGAGAUCCGUGCACACUUCAGACGUUUUCCUCUCCUCUGGAUCGAAUUCAGGGCAGCCUUGCGGCGACAGCGGCCGUCGCGGCCGCCGCAGAGAGCGCUGGAAAGCGCGUCGUCUUUCUGCCUAGGCUGUACUGGGACCGCGAGGCCGACUGCUACAUUGCGUCCUGUCUCCGGUGGGAAGAUGAAGAAGCGGCGCAGCCGGAAGAGGCGAGCAAAGAAGAGCGAGAGAAGACGCGGGGUGCGGAGAAGCCUGCGGCGACGCGCGGCAGAGGCGAGAAGAAAGCUGAAGAAGGGCGAACCGCUCUGGACCCGGCGCGCAGACGGUGUCUGAAGCUUCUCCAAAAGAAGUUCAGUGUCGCGUUCUUGGGAGACGCGAAGGCCCAUUUCUACGCUUCCGAAUGGCUGCGGUGGCAACACAACGGACACCGCGCGAUGAUGGAAGAGAGGAAGCAAGAGAUCGCGAGACAGUUGGCCUCGCCUCUGCUCGCAGGCCGCAGGGCGACGGCGAAGGGUCCGGGGGUGGGCGGGGCCGGAGCCAAGAGGGGCUCUGCGCUCAGCGCCGCACAGCUAGCCCUCGCGUCGGGUCGUCCGUUGACUCCAGAGGAAGAAGAGGAGUUGAGGAGACAAAUCGAGAACAAAGAGAGACAGAAGAAGCAAAAGCUGCUUCGACAGCAGUGGAGGCGCCAACAGGCGCGAGAGGCGAAGCUGCGACUCCAGCGAGAGGCUGAGGAGGCCGCCGCAGCCGCCGCAGCCGCCGCAGCCGCAGGUGCGGGACAAACCCGCUCGCCGCAGUCGCAGCAGAAAUCCGCUUUAUCCCUUUCGCGGCAAGGACCCAAGAACGAAUUGCCCCACCCCUGCGCUUCUGGCGCCUCUCUCGCUCCCGCCGCUGCGCCAAAGGGCGGCAGUCUCGUUGCUGGCGAGUUUGCAGGCGCGGGGCCCAGUGAGGGCGUGGGUACGCGCCGGAGCACGGCCGCUGCAGGCGCGGCAUCCGCCGAGAAGGGUGUCGGGAGAAAGGGGGACUCUGUGGCAAGAGACACUGCGAGUCUCUCUCUCGACGCGCCUCCCAAGUCCACCAUGGUGACCAGAGGAGGCGGGCGAGGUCCCGUAGCUGUGACGCGCUCGGUUUCUUCUCCUUCCGGGCGGGCGUCAGGCUCCGCCGGCUCUCCGCCCUCCGGAAGUUCAGGAUCUAGGUAG